UAAUGCUCUUUGCAAAACAAAAUGUUAUUUUAUUUUGAAAAGCUACACAUUCCGGAAGUUGCUUCUUGUUAUUUCCGCUCUAAAUCCGGAGUAAACCGGUGAGAAUGACCCUUCUGACCAACAGACCUCAGGUCAGCUGUCGGGAGCGCCUCAGAUAUUCGGCAUUAAUCUCGUUAUUGGCGCAGCUGACCCCGGUGCUGCUCUUCUGUCACGUGACCCGGAAGUAAAAGUAUUUAUGAACGUAGUUGACCGGAGGACCCUUAAACCGACCCGUUUAUGAACGGAGGGUAGCGCGUGCCUUCUAAUAAGCAGCUUUAACGUGUUUUUAUAGAAUGUAAUAACUGUAAAUAUGUGUUUGAUUAGAGAGAAGCGGAGAGGAUCUUACCCGCACGCGCACUCAAAGUCGUGAGCGAGAAGCGAAACUCGUUGUCCCGUGACACGCGGCGCAUGCGCGUGAACGUCCCUCCCCGUCAGGUUUACGAUAUUCACAAUAAGUGUUUCCCGAUAUUGACUUAAUAAAAGUAACUGUUAUGUUACCAAUGACCUGUUAGUACACAGGUUUUAAAUAAAGUUUCUCAGUGACGUCAUCUAUAAUCAUGAACUGAGGUGUAUUGAUCUAGACUUUGUAAUUCUAUUAUUAUUAUUGUGGUGAAUGUGAUGAAAACUGGUCUAACAAUAUUGUUCCUUUAGUUAUUGGGCCGGUCCUGAAGGGUCAUGAUCUCUCAGGUGGGCCCCGGUCUGUUCCUCAGUGGUCUGGAGUCGGCCCUGAACCUCAGCGUCCUCUCCUGCAGGAACAUCACGCUCAUCGUCAACGCCAGUGGUCUGGAGGACGUGGUCUACCCACAGCUGGACGGCCUGCGGGUCCUCCACGUGCCCGUCCAGGAUCAACCUCACGCCCCCCUGAGACACUACUUUGACCCGGUGGGUGAGCGGAUCCACCAGAACCAGACGGGGAGGACUCUGGUCCACUGCAGUGCCGGCCGGAGCCGAUCCCCGACUCUGGUCAUUGCCUACCUGAUGAGGUUUGAAGGCCUCAGCCUCCGGCGGGCUCAUGAAGUGGUUCUGGAUCAGCGUCCCUUCAUCAGACCCAACGCUGGUUUCUGGAGGCAGCUGAUGGACUACGAGAGGACGCUGUUCGGCAGGACCACCAUGAGGAUGGCGAGGACGUCUGGCGGCCUCCUGCCCGAGACCUGCGGGACUCUGAGGACCCUGCAGGACCCGGAACCAGAUUACUGCAUCAACGUCUAGUGGAUCCGGUUUCAGUGUUCAGAGAAGACUUUUAAACGCGUUUCUCUUUAUUAUUAAAGCUUUUGUCUCUC